CGUUUUAUUUGUGGUUUCAUUUUUUACAUCACAAAAACCUGGGGUUUUACCAAGGGGUUGUACACUUUUGAGAGCCACUGUGUAUCUUCGUGUUGUCAAGAUUUCAAAUUUCAGUUAGUUUCUGAGUUCACCUGCUAAAUGAAUGAGGCCACAGUCUGGGCCUGAGAGGGAGUUUGACAGCAAUGCUACAGUCACUAAAUUCACUGAUACAUUAAAAUACUUGUGCUAUUUAUAUCUCUCCCUGUCAAAGUAAAUUAUUAAGACUCUAGUUUUUUAAAGACACUUGUUGUUGUGCAGCUUUGAGCUGUCAACACAGCACCAAUGAAAUAUUCUUGAAAGAUGUCUUGAAAGAUCACAUUCCAGCCUCGUGGAGAGUCACCAACCAGUUUUAAGUUCCUUCCCAAGUGACCAAUGAGGCUUUAUUUCCUGUUUGUCAGCUAUGCUACAUUCGGGGCUUUUCUAGCACUGCUGCAUGACUGAUGUUACACCCACAGAAGCCAUGCAUAGGAAACUCAGGAGCAUUUGCCUCUUCUCAUUAUGAACAAUGGAUCAGCUUGCAGUUACUGCACCCUGAGACUUUAACAGGAGAUGUGUUGUUACCACUGACAGAGGAACCCACGCAGGAAGACUUUUCUUUUAUGAUCUGAGCGUUUAUCAUAUACAAGGUAAUGAUCAUGUCUCUCCCAGAGGAGGAUCUGACAUGUCCAGUGUGCUGUGACAUCUUCAGGGACCCUGUUCUGCUGUCAUGCAGCCACAGCUUCUGCAGGAGCUGUCUGAAGCAAUGCUGGGACACUAGGAUACGGGAAUGUCCGGUUUGCAGAAGGAAAGGAUCUAAAUCCCCUCCUCCAUCCAAUUUGGCACUGAAAAAUCUCUGUGAGGCUCUCCAGCAGGUGAGGAGGCUAAAUUCCCUGGAGGAACAGGUGAGGUGCAACUUGCAUGGGGAGAAGUUGAAGCUCUUUUGUCUGGCUGAUGAACAGCCCAUCUGUGUGGUGUGCCAGGCUUCCAAACUCCACAAAAACCACGACUGUUCCCCUGUUGAAGAGGCACUUCUUUAUUGCAAGAAAAAACUUGAGUUUGCACUGAAAAGUUUGCAAAGCAAAAUGGAAAACCUCAAAGGAAUGUACAGAACCUCUGGUGACAUGUUCACACACAUUAAGAGUCAGUCACUGGAAACUCAAAGACGGAUCAAAAGCCAGUUUGAACUGCUACAUCGAGCCCUCUGUGAUGAAGAAUCUGCCAGAACUGAAGCUGUGAAGAAGGAGGAAGAAGAGAAGGUUGUAGCAAUCAAAGAAACAAUGAAUAAACUUUCAACAGAAAUGCUUUCUGUCACUGAAACCAUGUCUGCCAUUGAGACACAGCUAAAAGAAGAUGACAUAAUUCUAUUAAAGAAUUUUAAAGCCAAUCAGGACAGGGAUAGAGACAUACUGGAUGGUUUAGAUGACAUGUCCGGCUCACUGAUAGAUGUGACGAAACACCUCUCCAACCUGAAAUACAGAGUCUGGGAGAAAAUAUUGGACAAUGUUGACUACACUUCUGUAACUUUAGACCCAAGCACAGCACACCCAUGCCUCGUCCUAUCUGAUGACCUCACUUCCCUCCACUACUCAAAGCAGCCCAGUUGUUGCCCUGACAACCCAGAGCGCUUCCAUGUGAGCGCAGAGGUGGUAGGCAUGACCUCGCUCGGCUCAGGAAGCCACCAUUGGGUUGUGGAAACGGGAAGUAAUCAAGACUGGCUCUUGGGUGUGGCCUCAUUGUCUGUGUCGAGGAACGCUGAGGUUUCAGCUCGGCCCGAAAAUGGCUUCUGGACUUUGUGCGUCCGGGACGGAGAGCUCAGGGCCAUGAGCUCACCACCCACCCUGCUGACAGUUUCAAGUAAGCCUGAACGGGUCAAAGUCCAUCUGGAUUACAACAAGGGAACAGUAUCCUUUUUUGACCCUGUGGACAACUUGCUCCUGUAUGCCUUUUCACAGACAUUCACAGAGCCUUUAUUACCAUAUUUUUAUACACAGAACAGUCACCCUCUGAGAAUACUGCCAGAGAAGGUACUUAUCACAGUGCUGCAGCAAUAAUGGAGUUUUUUUGUUUUGUUUUUCUGAUCUGCCAAAACAAAAUUCCUGCCAAAAGUCUGCCUUCAUGUUCCAAAAGUCUGAACACCAUUCUGGGGCAUUUAAGCACAAGACAUCUAGCUUUUGGAUCAAACCCAAUAAGAUCUUAAAUCCAAAGAAUCUUAAUAUAAAAACAAACUUUGCCAUUAGGCAUCGCAUAAAAGUCCUCCUCCCAAAUCAAAUACAAGCAGCACUUUGCAAAAGUAUUUAUACUUCUUCAGCUUUGUCCACAUCUCCCCAUUAGUGUAUUUUACUGGGAUUUCAAAUGGUGCAUAUUUGUAAAGUGGAAGGAAAAGGAGAUGUUUUUAAAAGAUUUAAUUGAUUAAUAAAAUCUGAAUAGUGUGGCAUGCAUUUAUACUUAGUCCCCCAGAGUCAUUGCUUUGUGGAACCACCUGUCCCUGCAGUUACAGCUGCUGUAGAUCAAACCUUCACCUCAAACAGAUUUCUGAUCCCUGCUGAAGAAAAUCAUUCCCACAGCAUGGUGCUGCCGCCAUGUUUUACUGUGAGCAUUGUGUGGUCAGAGUCACGUGCAGUGUUAUCUUUCUGCCACAUGUAGCCAGACUACCUCUUUCUACAGGUUUGUUGUGGCCCCUGUGGAAUUGGUUUUGGACAGGUUUUUUAACCGGAGGAUUUCAGAGUAAAUUCGGCUGAAUACAAAUCCACAAUAUACUUUUUAAAUUUUAUUUCCAAAAAAAAAAAAGAAAAAAUGAAAGCAGCACUGAGUAUCAAGAUUUUUCUUUCACUUCACAAAGUAUGCACUACUCUGUGUUGGUCUGUCACAAAGUGAAGGUGGUCACAGGACCUUCUCAACAGCAGCCCCAAGGCUGUGGAACUCUUUCCCUAUAAUCUAGGCCCGUAGACUCUGUUGAGCUGCCUAAAUAGCAACUAAAAACUCAUAUUUUUACAACUGCUUCAAAAGCACUUUGUGAUCUAUGUUUUGAAAGGUGCUACAUAAACAAAGUUUUACUUACUUCACUUUCAUAAAAUCCAAUAAAAUCCAAAGAAACAUUUUUUUUGACGGUUCAAACAGGUAUGUUAGCAGUUUACAUUUUUCUUGUACCAUCUCACUAUCUGUGUUCAAGCUGUUCUGACUGUGGUAAACAACACAGAGUGCUAAUUUGGUCGAAAUGAACACUGAAAUUACUGAAUAAAGAGAUUUGUGUGUUUAGUUCAGGGGUCCAAGACCUGCACCUCCAGAGCUGCAAGUUGAUCUUUUGAUUUAAAAGGAGAUAACUGUAAAAAAGACUAAGCAAUAUUUUAUUUUUAAUAGAAUAUUUUUGGCUGUUUUUCUGUGUUUUCAUGCAACAAUUGAAUAGACUUUCUAGAACUGAAUGACACUAAAAGUACAAGACUUGUUUUGUUAUCAAUUUGCAAAAUAAUCAGGUUUUAACAUCAUUUGACGCUUCAAUAAAGAAAAUGUAUUCAUUGUCUCUGUAAAUGUUUGAUGUUUUUUCGUUAUUUUAAAACAUGACAAUAAAAUAAAAUGGUGGUUCUUUAAUUAAAAAUUCCAAACAAA